AUGUCUCGGCACAGCAAGAAUGCGACGAGCGCGCCGCUUUUUUCUUACCACGAGCGGAAGAAGCUGAAAGAUGCGGGCACGAUCCGCGAGCGGCUAGACACGAAUGCGCUGCGGCGCUUCGAGGCGUGCUGGCUGUGUAAUCGCACGGCCCUGUCGCCUGUGUGCACGCCCCAGGGCUUGGUCUUCUGCAAGCAUUGCCUGUUUCUCAACUUCGAGGACCAGAAGAAGAAGUCCGCUCGCGAGCUAAAGGACUGGGAGGCGCAGCAGCGCACGAAAAAGGAGGAAGAGGCGCUGAAGAAGCAGGAGGUGGCGACGGCGACUCAGCGGAAGUUCCUCCAGCAAGAGAGCAACAUCGCGUCCUACUACGCAAAGCAGCGAAAGCUUACCGUCGCUGAACUGGAGGAAGCCGCCAAGAAGCCAUUUCGAGUUCCGACCGGCGAGGGUGGCAGGGCCGAGGCCCGCGCGAAAAGCUUUUGGGUCGCGCAGAAUACGCCUUCCGCCGCUGCCGCAGAGGCGAAGCCGCCAAAGAAGUCUCUCGUUUGUCCAAUCACGCAGAAGCCUCUCAAGCUGAAACAGCUGGUGUAUCUCAAGCCCGAACUACUCGAUGACAAAGAAACGGAGUUCAACAGAUGGGCGUGCGCGGUGUCAAAGCGCGCCAUCACGAACCAGAAGGCCGCCGCGGUCAUCCCAACGGGCGACGUCGUCCUCAUGGACUGCUUGGAGAAGUAUGUGUUGAACAAGAAGGGCGGGCACUACGGCGACAAAAUCAUCACAAAAGCAGAUAUCAUUCCGCUGGUUCCUGGUGGGACAGGCUACAGCUCGCACAACACGGUUGAAGGAGUUGUUAGACAGGCGUGCAUCCAAUAA